AUGGGAGCCGGGGUGGCGGCGGCCGCGGUCACGGCCUGCAGGGCUGCAGCGGUGAAGAAGAAGGGUGUGAAGGUGGUCCAUGGCAAGGAGAUCCCGUGGAACCUCUUCACACCUAAGGCGCCCUACCAGGCCAAGGUGGUGCCGAACCAGAAGCACCCUCAGACAUUGACAGAGGAUACCGGCGAUGCCAACUGGGAGACGACACAUGUCACCUUUGACCACGCUGGCAAGGUGCCCUACAUUGAGGGUCAAUCCAUCGGGGUGAUUGCUCCAGGACCCGACAAGAAGGGCGAGACGCCGGCCAGGAUCCGUCUCUACUCCAUCGCAUCCUCCGCGGUGGGCGAUGACGAGACCUCGAAGACGGUUUCCCUUUGCGUGAAGCGUGUGGUGGAGGUGGAUGGAAAAUUCGCCAACCGCGAAGUCGGAGAGGACAAGCCAGACAAAGCUGGCACCGCCUUCCCCGACAACAAGGUCUACCGUGGCGUGUGCUCCAAUCACAUUUGCGACCUGAGCGUGGGUGAUGAUGUGAUGAUCACUGGCCCCACUGGCGCGGAGAUGCUGCUUCCCGAGGAUCCGGAGGCCAACAUUGUCAUGCUCGCGACAGGAACUGGCAUUGCCCCCAUGCGCGCGUACUGCCGCUACCUCUUCAACGACAAGGUGGCCGCUGAGGGCGACGGUCGGAAGUUCAAGGGCCUGGCUUGGCUCUUCAUGGGCGUGCCCUACAGCAAGUCGUUGCUCUAUGAUGACGAGCACCAGGAGUACGUCUCCAAGUACCCGGACCAGUUCCGCUACGACUACGCCAUCAGCCGCGAGCAGACGAAUGCCGCAGGACAGAAGAUGUACAUCCAGACGAAGAUGGCUGAGUAUGCCGAGGAGCUAUGGGAGCUGAUGCAGGACGAAAAGACCCACAUUUACAUGUGCGGCCUGAAGGGCAUGGAGUCUGGCAUGGCAGAGUGCUUCACCCCGAUUGCGGAGAAGUAUGGCAAGGACUGGGCCGAGUUCGCCAAGGCCAUGAAGAAAGCCGACCGCUACCACGUCGAGGUCUACUAG